CUUUCCCACACGUCUCUCUUCAUCUAUAAGAACAGAUUUCAAUCAUCUCAUUCUCCAUAUAGAAAAAUUUAAUAACCAAAACCUCAAAUUUCUCAAUCAGAAGAAGAAAGAGACGAUGACGAAUCAAGACAAGCCCACGUCUUGUUGCUGUGUUCUUGAUGCUUCCACUUAUGUGGGUUUCUGGAUUCUCAAGAGAUUGCUCGCCAAAGGCUACUCUGUUCAUGCAGCCAUCCGUAAAAACGGGGAGAGUAUGCUUGAGGAGAUAAUCAGGAACAUGCAAGCUACAGAAGAGAGAUUAGUGGUUUACGAUGUGGAUGUGUUAGAUUACCAAAGCAUCCUUGUUUCUCUCAACAAUUGUAACGCUGUGUUUUGUUGCUUGGACAAUCCUGAAGGGUACGAUGAGAAGGAAGUGGAUUUGGAGGUGAGAGGAGCGAUUAAUGUGGUGGAGGCAUGUGCAAGAACAGAGACUAUAGAGAAGAUUGUGUUCUCUUCUUCGUUAACAGCUGCGAUUUGGAGUGAUGACAUUAGAACUCAGAAAGAUGUUGAUGAGAAGUGUUGGAGUGAUCUAGACUUCUGUGUCAAAAAGAAGCUAUGGCAUGCUAUGGCGAAGACACAAUCCGAGAAGGCGGCUUGGGCACUAGCCAUGGACCGUAUGGUCAACAUGGUCUCGGUCAACCCGGGACUCAUCGUUGGACCCUCAGUGGCUCAGUACAAUUCUAGACCCAUAAUGUCUUACCUCAAAGGAGCUGCGCAGAUGUAUGAGAGUGGAGUAUUAGCGUACGUAGACGUCGAGUUUGUAGCAGAUGUUCACAUUCGAGCAUUUGAAGAUAGUUCAGCUUGUGGUAGAUACUUUUGUUUCAACCAAAUUGUGAAUACCGAAGAAGCAGCUCUCAAGUUUGUGGAAAUUCUAUCUCCUUUAAUACCUAUGCCAGCAAGGUAUGAGAAAGAGAUGCAAGGAAGUGAAGUUUAUGAGGAGAGAUUGAGAAACAAGAAACUAAACAAGCUGGUGGAAGCUGGCUCUGCUUGUUAAGUGUAAUUAGAGUAUUGUUAUAAGUUAAAAGGAAAGGGUAAAAAAAAAAAUUUCGUUUACUUUUUUUUUUAUUGUAAUCUCAAUUCAUUUUUUACUAUAAUUUUUUUUUUGUUACUU